UCGCCGCGGGACGGCCUGCGUCUGCUGGGUGGUGCCCGGGCCUGCCCGAGACGGAGCGCCACUUUUGGGCAUCGCCGUCAUGGCGUGACAGGAAGGGCUGCAUAGCCGGCCGCAGGGGCUUGCAGGAAGACGCCUGGGAUCAUACAAAGGCAGCUCGGCCAAGCUGCCGACACAGCAGCGCUGCUCUUGCCUCACCACAACUCAUACCGGCACCAUGUACGUCUAUCCAUGGGACAUCGACGCCAAGGCCAAGGCCAAGUACCUCAAGAAGCUGAAGAAGCCCGAGGACCUGCCGCAGCUGGUGCGCACCGUGCAGACGCUGUACCACAACAGCUUCAAGGUGCCGUUCAUGUUCGCCUUUGCCAUCCUCGGCUGCGCCGCUGCGCUCGUGCUCGGCUGUCUGGCCGUGCGCGUCGUGCGGCAUUUGCGCUCUUCUCCCAGCAGCAAGCGCAGUGGAGCCGUCCGCAAGCACUUCGUCGAUGCACCGCUGCUCGGCUCGCGCCACGCUGAGCCGCUCACGCUGGUCCCCGGCAUCGGCAAGGAGGCGCGUCCGAUCAUCAGCCUCGCUGUGCCGCUGCGCUCGCACACGACGGUCCUUUUCGUGCUCGCGCUGCUCAACUUCCUCCCGCUCGUCGCCUGCUACUCGCCGACGUCUGUCAAGGACAACUACUACUACAAGACGAUGUUUCUGCAGAUCAUCAAGUACUUCGGCGACCGCACCGCCGUGCUUGCCGUGGCGCAGCUGCCGCUCGUCAUCCUCCUCUCCGGCCGCAACUCGCCCGUGCGCACGCUGACGGGCAUCAGCUUCGACGUGGUGAUGCUGUACCACCGGCACGUGGCGCGCUGGGUCGUGGUGCAGGUCGUGCUGCAUGCCAUUGCGUACAGCCUCAACGAGGCCGUCAAGGAUGGCCACGAGGGCUACAUCGAGACGAUGAACAAGCCGUACGUCAAGUUCGGCACCGCUGCUCUUGUCUUCGUCGUCGCCAUGGUGGUGCAGUCGCUGCGCGUGCUGCGCCAGAAGGCCUACGAGGUCUUUGUCGCCGUGCACAUCGUGUUCGCCGCCCUCGUGCUCGCCGGCGUCUGGUGGCACAUUGCGCUGCUGGCCAACACGCGCUACGCCCUCUUCUUCGACCUGCUCUGGCUCGCCAUCGGCGCAUGGGUGUUCGACCGCGUGGCGCGCGUCUUCCUCCUCGUGGCGCUCAACACCAACCUGCGCAUGGCCGCCGGCGUGCCGUUCCUCAGCCGCGCCAGCGUCUCGCUGGUGGAGGACAGCAACGCCUCGCUGCUCCACGUGCGCGUCUUUCCCUCGGGCGCGACACUCGGCCGCGCACUCGACGGCUCGAGCGUCAUGCUGCACCUGCCUACCGUGCAAGCCUUCGUCUCGCACCCCUUCUCUGUCAUGGCGGGCGGCACCGACGAGACAGGCCGUCGCUUCCUCGACCUCGCCGUCCGCCCGCAGGCCGGCAUGACGCGUCGACUGCACGAGCGUGCCAUCAACGGUGCCUUCGAGUGCGUGGCGCUGCUCGAGGGCCCGUACAGCGGCGACGAGAUGGACCUCGGAGGCUUUGAGCACGUCCUGCUCGUCACCGGAGGUAUCGGCAUCACGCACACGCUGCCGAUCUUCACCAAGGAGAUGCGGACGCCGUCGAGCAAGACGGAUGCCGAGAAGCCUGCAGCGCAGCGGACCGUCGAGAUGGUGUGGUGUGCCAAGAGUGCCAGCACCUUCGCUGUCGCUCUCGACACGCUCGAGCGCGAGGUCGCUUCGGCGCGAGCUUCUGGCUCGACGCACACGCGCGCCAAGAUCACGCUCUGCGUCACGAGCCAGUCCGACUCGCGUCGCUCCUCGACGCUGAGCGAGAAGAAGAGCAGCAGCGACGAGGAGAAGGGCGCCGCGCCCUUCGACUCGCCCGUGCUCGAGGGCGGCCUGCCGCUCGACUCCAUCCCGCAGCUGCUCUCGCGCCAGACGCCCGAAGAGAGCGCAGGCGAUGCCGCACGAGUGCGCGUGCGCUUCGCCGCACUGGCGCCCGAGGUGCAGGUGCUGUGGAGCGAGGGCAAGCCGGACGUCGGCGCCGAGAUUGCCCAGCGCGGCGAGGCUGGCAGCACGCUGGCCAUCGUGGCGUGCGGCCCGCCGGCGCUGCUUGAUGCCGCACGUGCUGGCGCCCGCGGCGUCGGCGCCGUCUACGAAGAGGCCGCCUACGGCUGGUAGCCUUGCCGAAUGAAGCCCCGAACGAAGUCACGAUGUCACGAUACAAUGAUGCAUG